AUGGUUGACUACUUACGGUGAGAAAUAAGUUCACCAUGCAGUCAACUACUUUGACAUCCUCGGAAAUCAUUUUAUAUUUGUAUGGCUUCUAUUUUGCACAACUCCUGAACCAAACGUAGGUGCACAAUGUGUAAAAUAGUGCUGAUUCUUUAAAUUAACAUUCGUACUCGCCAGAUGAGGUGCAGAAUAAUGAAGGUGAAGGAAAAAUGCUAACUGCUGCUAGGGCAGGUGGCUUUAAAAAUUCAGUGUGGCAAGGCGUCCCCAUUUCUUACGAUUACCACUCUUAUUGUCUGCAGGGAAAGCAGCCAUGGCGUUCGCUUGCCUUCACUCUCAGAGGACAGAAAAUCAAUACUGUUUAAUAAAACACGGUGCUGAGCCCCUCCGCCGCUCCUCCAACCUGCCCCGCUGCCUUCACGCAUCUGCACACUGCGAUGUGGCCGUGGCUGCGCCGCCUUCGCCCAAGCAUCGGAAAAGGAGCUAUAUGAAUGGGAACCCAAGCGCGAUUUUUUACGAAGGUGCCAUUUCCAUUGUAAACCCUCCAAUCAGCACGGCGCACCGUGACUGAUGGGGUUGGGGAAGUGUGGCAAGCCCCAUGGAGCCGGGGCGGCCGUUCCUCUGGUGAUGUGAUGCAAAAAUGGACGCUCGCUGGCUGAGAGGUCCGCGGCUCGCGGGGACGCUGAUGACAUCCAAUGGACAGGAUUCAAUGAUCUCUGAGCAGCAUCGCCAGCUGAACAGGAAGGUUCUGCCUCUCAGUUCAUCCCUGCUUUUGAGUGGCAACUGUGAAAAGAGACGGCUGUUUGAAAGCUCAAAGGACACCACACAGAACAUUGUUUUUGCCAACACAGAGAGACUGCCCACAUUCAACACUCAGGCAAACGGCCGAUACCAGUCGGCAGUGUUCACGGACCAGAGACAGAAGCUGACGUUCCUGGCAGAGACCCAAGACCCCUUGCUCGAUUGCAGGGAGAGCAUGAGAGCAACAAAUAGCAGAGCCGAGCUGCAGGAGACGCGGCCGGCAGCGACUCGGGAUGCAAACGAGCCGGGCAGCUGGGCUGGGACACAGACACCCGAGGACGGAAUGUGCAACAUUAGACCACCAGCAGAGAGCCAAAAUGUGCAGCUGCACCUGGGCAUGCCGACCAUGGUGGAGAACAGGUGUGCAGGGUUGAAAGAGCCCCUGAUUAUGACCAUGAGAUCAACAGAGGGCCGACUCGAGGAAGAGACACACGGCAGCUUUGAGUCAACAGGAACGCCGUUCUUGCUGGCAAUGGGGACGGCCGAACAGCGAGCAUCGCCAGCCCUGCAGCACCUGGCCUGCCAGAGCGGGCCAUCCCCUGUACAAGUAAAGCUCAUGACUCCGCUGCUGUUACCAUUUGGAAUGGUGGGAGCCGGGCUGGGCGGCGGUGCGACGAGCAGAGUGGGGCACCCUCAAGGCUUGGUUCUCACACUGCCCUCACCUCGGAGCCUCACGACCACAGCAGCAGCAGCGUCCAGUGGCCUCUUGGCGCUACCGCUACCACUGCACAGCCUGCAAGCUACCUCCUCUCUCAGUACGCACCUCCAGCAUCUGCACCAGCUGCAGCUGCUGCACCAGCAGUCACAACAGAGCACCCCUCUGAGCUCCCCUUCUUCCACUGCGCCUCCCGUCGUCGGUGCCCUUGGGCAGCCCUCUUGCAGCCAGGAUGGCGUCCUGCCCGAGACCCACAGCCACUCGCUCAGUUGCACCACCAGUGGCGGCGGCGGCGGCAGCGGAGGGACAUGCCCAGUGGCCGCAGUGGAAGACAAGCUCAAGUACAACAGAUUGCUGGCCAGCCAGAUAACACCGUCGGCUAUUGCAGCGGUGGCUGCCAGCUUCACUCCAUCCUCCAGCCAAAUACUGGCGAGCACCCUGCCCUGCCUGGCAGGGCUCACUGGACAACUGGUCACCACCGCUCAGGGCCAGAUAAUCGGAGCCAUCCCCCUUGAAGGAGGUGCAGCUGGCACUGCGGCUGGCUCAGCGGGGAGUGGGGUUAUGGGCGGCCUGGCGGUGCAGUCCAUGACCCCGCAGAUCCUGACCAAUGGACAGGGCCAGGUGGUGGCCACCAUCAUCGGCAACCAGAUCCUACCCGUGCUCAAACCACAGGGCAUCAUGCUGUCAGCCAUCAAGGCCAGUCAGCUGCAGCAACUCCAAGGGCAACACAGGAGCCAAGUUUCCCCGCAGGCUUACGCACAGCACACCCUGACGGUCGGACCGAGCCAAGGAUCCCCAGUCCCACAGCCUCUCUCCCCAGCCUCGCCAAGCAUUGGGCCGGCAGUCCACAACCCCCAGGGCGCUUGCAGCGAUAUCGACAACAUGAAGCUGGAGGAGAUACGCGAGUUCGCUCGUGCGUUUAAGAUCCGCCGUCUCUCGAUGGGGCUCACGCAAACACAGGUUGGACAGGCCAUGAGCAGCACAGAGGCACCUGCCUACAGCCAGUCUGCCAUCUGCAGAAACGCCCUCCUCAUGCGAGCCGACGUGUUCCUGCCGGCCUUCGGAGCAAGAAGAGGAGAAGGGAUUAGCGAUGGCUGGCCUCUUGCCAGAGAUAAUGCUAGCACUACCAGCACAGCCAGUUCCACACCGCCCAUGAAAAUGAAUCCCCGGCUUUUAUGUCCUGCCAGGUUCGAGAAGUUGGACAUCACACCUAAGAGCGCGCAGAAGAUCAAGCCUGUGCUUGAGCGCUGGAUGGCGGAGGCCGAGGCUCGGCAGCGCACCGGCCUGCAGAGCCUGAGCGACUUUGUGGGGAGUGAGCCAUCGCGGAAGCGCAGGCGCCGCACCUCGUUCACUCCUCAGGCACUGGAGGCGCUCAACGCUUACUUUGAGCGCAACACGCACCCGUCUGGCCAGGAGAUGACGGCCAUCGCCGAGCACCUGUGCUACGAGCGCGAGGUGGUGCGCGUGUGGUUCUGCAACAAGCGGCAGAUGCUGAAGAACACCAUCAAGAGGCUCAAGACUCACGAGCAAACUUUGCCCACGCCGGACAAUACGUUGGUCGUGGCCCCCGUGGAGACGACCAUGGAUGGCGGUGACUCCAAACCAAAGAAGGCUUACACCUCUCGCCCGUCAUCUCGACCACUUCCCCCCAUGCUGUGAACAGAGGCGCGUGCGCAGCUUGAAGAACGUAGAACGUGCACAGCAAGAUACGCAGCACUCACACUCUCGGUGAUGUGUGCUGCAUUGUGGUGUAGAGACCAAAUUUAAAAAAGUACAUUUAUAGACAGGGCAUGCUUUAUACCGUAUUCUUCAUAUUCUAUUAAACCUAGAGGCAAUCAAACGAUAAACACAUUUUAUAGGUUUUACAUGCCAUGUUCUUACAACACAAAUUAACUGAACAAGAUACAUUAAACACAUUUGUGUAAUGUUGACAGAUACUAAAGGACAAAGCACCUAUCGCUCUUAGCUACCAGAAAUGUCAGCGCAUUACGCCAUCAAGACGGACCCAUGCUUCUCAUUUCUAUGUAUAGCUUUACCUCUAGCUAAGCAUAUUUUAGAGGAAAACAUAUGACAUACACAUUUUAUCCCAGCGACUUAGAUAUUAAGGAUAUCCUUGUUUAUUUAAGGAAUGAUUGACCAUUAUUGUGAAGCAGUAUAAAUAUAUAUUUUUGGUCUUUUUAAUAUUGUAUAUAUGGGAGGGUACCUGACUAAGGUCUACAUGUGAGGUAUAUCUUCACUGUUGCAGUGUGCAAGCUUUAACAUUACAAUUGUGUUGGUGAGAAGUUGCGAGCCAAAGAAAAGUCUAAAUAAACCAACAUCGCAAUGAGAAGCCACAGAAAAAUCUUAACUCGUUUACAAAGCGGAGUAAUGAUUCUUCACGAGAGGAUGCUUACGCACCGUUUUGGUCAGUUAAACAUGAGCUCAAUAUCGCAGAGGUUGUAUUUGUAUGAAAGGGAGACCCCCUGACAUGAAGUGCAACAUUCAUGAGAGCUUUAACCAAAAAUUCGUGUAGCUCUGCACAUGAAAUGCUACCUCCGUAGCAUUGAAUUCAUUUGGACUAAAGUGUUGUGCUCUGUGCAAUCAUUGAACAUUACAAUACCCCGCCCUCCGCCUCUAAUCACUGUACCUGAUGAGUUAAGUGAUGACGUCACCCUGCUGCUCUAUAUAAAAACCGGGAGCAAGCGAGGGCUUUACCAUUCUGGCGAAUUGCUUGAUGAUGCUGGAUGUA